CUUCGUCCCCAGAAGAAGUAAAGAGAAAUUAAAACCUGAAUCGUUGGUCGGACCAAAUUGAAAUUAGCGAAGAAGGUCACUUUAUUGUAGCUGUCCUGUAAAGAAGGCUCAGGGGAAGAUCAGGAACGCCCAAACAGAGGAACCCUCUUCUCCGCCAUGAAAGAAGAUUACGAGGUGGAUGAGAAGAAGCAAGCUGCAGCUGAUGUAUUGUUUAGUUAUUCCAAGUUUGCUAUGGCCUGCAUCGGAAACCAGACUCGUCCUACUGACAUGAGGUUGCAUUUGAUGAAGGAGAUCUCCGGAUUGCCUACUUCUCUGAAAAAAAGAGAAUCUUCUAGAGCAGCUACUUCUCCUGAUCCAGUUGGAGAAUCAUCAAGCUCUGGUACUGCCAGGCUUGAUAAAACUGAUAGUUUCAGGGCACUUUGAUUUUACUUUUUGUUUUUUAUUGUUGGGGUCUCAUAUUAUAAAGAUAGAUGCUAGUGGAUUACAGACUUAAGCAUCUGUCUCCGAGAAACCUUACUUACCAAGUUUUAACUUUUGAUGUUGCCCUUGAUAGUGUGAAUGCUGUAUUCUCUCGGAUGUGUGGUUCUGAAAGAUAAAUGCUAUGAUACUACUUCGAAAUAAUGAUCUGUUCAUAUAAUCUCUUUAGCCGUA